GGAGAGUACAGUUCACCCGCGAGUCCAACUACUCUAGACUCUACAGCUAAAACUUUAGACACUAAAGGCUAAACACGAAUUGCAACUUGUGCUAACGUCGAUGUCGACGUUACAAUUGAUCCACGCUCACGACCGUCGUACUUUAAGAUAUUAGUCAGAUGCUGCAAUGGCACAGAUGUUCCAUAUAUCAGAUCCUGAAUCGGAUGGAUCAGUAGACGCUCUGGACAAACCACAGGCCACUGUGCCACAAUCAGGGAACACACUGUACAUACCUGAAUACAAACCACAAGGGAAACUGUCUGCAAGACAUCGGGUUAAAUCUGAAGACCAGACCCAUAUAAAUCCAGAGAGUGGGCUCACUGACGAUGACUGCUUUUCCAUCGAAAAUGCGCCGUUCCGGGUUCGCUCCCGCUCUGCGCCACCAGCUCUCUGGGCCGCCAGGAAGUACGGCCAGCAGCUGAGGAGGAUGAGUGAUGAGUUUGACACUAUGCUAUUAGACAAAGGGGGGAUGAAGAGGGUGAAGAGUGCCGGAACGACGCGGCAGAUGAGGACGUCCUUCAGCUGGUUCACCUCCCUCUUCAGCCACAAAGAGACAGAGGGGGACACAAGUGGCAGCAUCACCGCCUCAGAGACCCGCGCUGCUGAGUGACAGUCAUAUCCCACACUAUGGCCAGAGAAAGACAGGAUGGCAAGAAAUCAGUGGAUGGAAAGAUGGAUGCACUGACUUGACGGAAACACCAGCUCUCCAUAUGAGGGAUUUUAACGUUGCACAUACUGUACACCCUACACACCUGACUAAAACAGCUCUUUCUUCGUGUCUCCUGGACAGCAUGAACACUAUGCAACUCAAUCUCUGAGGCAUUCACCAGUGCUGCAACAUGAUGAAAGCUUGCUGUUGGAAGUUGGUAGGGCCUUAGAAACAGAUAUUUUUAUGAUGAUGUUUUAUAUUAUGCAAUUAUAUGGUCAGAAACUUUGAUGAAAAUAUUAGCAGUGUUUUAAUGAUUAUGCCAAGGAGCAAACCAUGUAUGGGCCACUGGGGUAUUGAAAGUAUUUCGUAUAAUCAAGUGAGAAACCCCCUAACAUACUGUAAAGGAAUUAUGCAUAUACAAACCAUCUAUUACAAGGAUUACCACUCGCUAUGAGUUAACAUAUGCAAGGAAGUAACUACAAUUACUCAGCUAAUUAUUUUGGACUCAAAGUUACAAUUUGAAAUGCAGAGAAUCCAUAAUGGCAACCUAUGGUGAGCCAGGGUCCAAAAGAAACCACAAAUAUUUACAUAAUUUCACCCUGCAUCUUUUAAGACUUGAAAUUACUGUAUAUAUAUUUUUUUCUUUAAUACCCUAAUCAAAGCAUUAAUACUGUAACAAUGUUUACAACCAUGAUGCCCUUACGAAUUUCUUAGAAAAUGCUGAACUAGGCCACAACAUUGGACAUGAUCAUGGCCACUGAUAAAAUGAUUUGUAAAAAAGGAUGUCUGUUCCUUGUUAAAAGGGCUAUGCCACUUUAAGUGCCUUUUAAAGUUUUUUAACUGUUUGAUGGCCUCUCAUGGUACUUUCGAUAUUUAAUCUCAGUCAGUGGUAAAUUCCUCAAAUCCUCAAAUCCUCAGGUUAGAACAUAAAACUACUGCCACCUUGACCAUUUAAGGCCUCUUAAGUAAGUAAGACAUUCAGCGCCCUUGAAAACGUUGGUCACCAACAUUUAACCAGUUCACGUACCAAUCAUAGUGUUAAGAGUUGGUUCAAAUCCAUCCACCACGUUCAAAAGUUCUCACGCCAAUUUCUGGAGUGGCGGAUGCAGUAAUGGCCGGGGCAAAACCACAAUAUUCCUGAUGCACUGCAUUUCAGGGAUUUACCAUAACUAAAAUACACAGCCACAACAAAUAAACUAUUUUUGAGUGUGUAUUUGUCUAACUGCACUGUUGGGUUAGUGGGAAGCCAUAACUCUGGAAAUAACACUGGUAAGCAAUAUGGAGAACAGAGCCAUGGAGAAUAAUAAUAAUACUUGUGAUGCUUUAGGCACAACUAAAACCCCAAACUGCAUUUUUUUAAAUUCAAGUAGCAUACCUGUGUCUGUUAUUUGCUGAAGCGAGAAGGGAAGUAAUGCUUUUAUUUUACUUCAUCGGUGCAAGUUCCUUUUACAUUCCCUCAUUCCUACAGUUUUGUUGUGCUUGGUGCCUGUGUGUGUCCCCUUACUAAAUGCACUUACAGUAGGUAGAACAAGCAAACUGCAUGUCAGGCUUAGCUUACAGUAUGCAAUGCACAAUGUGACUUUGAGAAAGUCUAAUGUUGAGUUUCAUUCAGGCGUCUUAUCUAUGUUUUGUGCUCUUUUGAGGUUUGUUAAAUGUAACAUUUGUGGGGGAAAUGGAUUAUUGUGUGGAAAUCCCUGUGGGCUGUAAAAUAAACAAAUGAGAUGAUGGA